GCAGUUCGUUCAGUCCCAAUCCACGUAUGCAUUUGAUCCUAAUUGCAAUCUCUCAAUUGCAAAAUAUAUACGUGAAAGUUCCCUGUACCUAUCCCGAUGCACACCCACUAUACCCAACAAGUUUGAUUGGGAUGUGAUUAUUUUUAUUCUUGACGGCGACCUUUAUCUUCAACGCCAAGAGAAACCUCCCCCAGACGAUGACAACAGCUCAUCAAAGGUUCAAUUAUUCCCUCCAGAAUCCGUUUUAUAUCCGAGGUAACAACAAUCUGAAACGACAUGUAGAGACAGCGGGCAACCUGAAGGCUGAACGUUGAACGUUGAACCCUCACCUACUGUUGUGCUACCCAAAUCCGCUGUUUCGGAUCACCCGGAAAUCUGGAAAUCGUAACCUGUACCCGCAAGUAGAACGUGGAAGUACUCUAUCCUUUAAGGGUGUCAGUACAUAUCAAGAUAUUCCCCGCUUCACACUCGCCUGAUUGACGCAAAUGUUCCCGGAAAAAAACUCGCCUUCAAGUUCCUGCUUAUGACACCCUUCACGCGAGCAUCAUAUGCAUUACGGCUUUCCUCAUAUCUAUUCUCUUGAAUUCCGUCUUGCCCUUCUUAUAAAAACCGAAGUCAGGUUCAUUCCCCCGGCAAGUCCCUCCCCAUGCAAGAGGCUACACAUUCUCGCCUUCAUGUGCGCGACGCACGAGAUGCGCACGUUGUCUUUGAAGCUGUUAGACUCGGUAUACUCCUGCCUGUGACGCGUCGACUGAACGAAGCCGAACGGUCGAUAUGUAUACGUUCCGGUUCGGUUUUCGUUUGGGAAGAGAGCGACGAUGAAGCAGGAUUGAAACGGUGGACUGAUGGUCGUGUCUGGGGACAGUCACGUAUGCGUGAGCCGUACCUAUUCUAUGACGAAAAACUACCGUCUGAUGGUGGUCCUGGAACAGACAAACGCUCCCCAAUCAUACGUUUUGUGGAUGGAACGCGUUCGUCAUCAUCUGCUCUCGUGCAUCAGAAUAGGAGCGGAGGCAAUCAUACGGGGCUCAUAAAACAAGCCUAUUCGGUCUGGGCUUAUCCCUCACCCCACUCGAAGCCGAGGAAAUGGCAUAUUACCGCCUACUUCACCUACGCUGAUUUACCUUUCAUCCCGACGAUUGACCAGGACCCGACCUUGUCGAGGAUCGGCGUUCCCCCCGGAGUGUAUCGUGCUGGAAAGACGAGAAGUGAAACAUCAACGACGCCAUCUACCGGAAGCCAUAGUGGUGGCUCUUCGGCUGCGCUACCUCCUCUCCACUCUACUGUGGGCCACUACAUGGGCCAUACUCAUACUGCGCAAGGUUCACAUGGGAGUCGAUUGCCUGAGGAUCAUCGAAUGAUUCAAAUGUUAAAUUCCAGACAUAUAUAAAUUAAUACGCGACUGUUUGAAACUUGUACUAUUGUAAUGCAUGUUACUACUCACGUA